AUGAAUAUAAAGCUCGUUUGUCUUACUGCUUUUCUUAAUAUAAAAACUGUACUUAAUGAACCUCGUUUACUCGAAUUAUCGAAUGCUUUAUUUACUGCAAGUUGUUCAUGGCUUGUUCAUCUAGCAUCAUUAUCUGAUCAAGUAGAAAAUGAAGAAGUCAUACAAAAGAUUAAACAAUUACCAUUAAUAUCAAAAGCAAAUCGACAAUUAAGUUAUAUUCCUGAAUUUAUCAUAGAAAAUAUAACAGAUUUUCUUACUUUUCUUGGACGAUUCAAUGUACAAUUAUUUGAAUCUUUGUCAUCUGUUGAUGAAUAUGUUACUCUCGUUCUUGUAUUUAUGGGUGAUGCAAGUCGAUUACGUAAUCCACAUUUACGUGCUGCAUUAGCUGAAGCAUUUGAAGCUAUUUUACCAAAUAAACAACAUGGUGGUGGUCGAACAUUAAAUAGUGCAUUUGCUGAAGCUAUUUUUACUUAUCAUCCUUUAAUUGAAGAUUUACCACGUGUUCUUCUUGAUGUAUUUGUAUCAAUUGAAUUAACUGGACAAGCAGUAGCAUUUGAACAAAAAUUUAAUUAUCGUCGUCCAAUGUAUGAAAUAUUAGAAUAUCUUUGGAAAUUUGAUAAACAUCGAGAACAAGUGAAAAAACUUGCAACCUAUGCUGAAGAACAUAUUGAUGAUGCUGAAGCUCCACUUUUCUUACGUUUUAUUAAUUUACUUAUGAAUGAUGCAAAUUUUUUAUUAGAUGAAGCUUUAUCUCAUAUGGCUCGUUUAAAAGAAAAUCAAGAAGCAAUGGAUCAUGGUGAAUGGGAUAGUAUGCCUAAUCAACAAAGACGAGAAUUAGAAAAUACAUUUCGACAUACAGGUCAACUAGCUCGUUAUACAAAUAUUAUGGGCCUUAAAACGUUGAUUAUUCUUGAUAUGAUAACAAGAAGUAUUCAAUCAAUAUUUUGUCAACCAGCUAUUUGUGAACGACUUGCUUUAAUGCUUAAUUAUUUUCUUCAACAUUUGGUUGGACCUAAAAGACGUAAUUUAAAAGUACGAAAUCUCAAUGAAUAUCAAUUUGAACCACAAAAACUUGUUGCAAAAGUAACAGACAUCUAUUUAAAUUUUUCUCAAUAUGAUGAAUUUUGUACUGCUGUUUGUAAUGAUGGAAUGUCCUAUAAUGAACAAUUAUUUCCACAAGCAGUUGAAGUACUUGAUCGUAUUGGACAUCCACGAGAAAGAAUUGAUGCUUUUCUUAAACUCAGCGAACAUAUUCAAGUUUUUGCUGCACAACAAAAAGAAAAUGAUGCAGUAUAUGAUGAUGCACCAGAUGAAUAUCUUGAUCCUAUUACAAGUACACUUAUGAGUGAUCCUGUUAUGUUACCUAGUUCUCGACAAAUUAUCGAUCGUGCAACUAUUGCUCGACAUCUUCUUAGUGAUCAAACAGAUCCAUUUAAUCGAAAUCCAUUACGUAUGCAAGAUGUUAUACCACAAUCGGAAUUAAAGGAAACAAUUGAGCAAUGGAAAGCAUCACGACGUCGACAACAGUCAUAA